AACUGUAACAUGUAUCACCAAACAUAUCGAUCCAUCCCUGUACCAGUCAAGAAACAAGGAAGAUUACACCAACAAACAAACUAGCUAGCCAAUGGCCUCGUUGUCCUCUUUCCGGCUUGCCGUGGCGGUGGCAGCACUGUUGGUUGUUGGCUCAUGUGCCACUGAGCUCACCUUCAAGGUCGCUGAGGGCUCUAGCGCCAGUAGUCUAGAGCUUGUCACCAACAUCGCCAUCUCUGAGGUGGAGAUCAAGGAGAAGGGUGGCAAGGACUGGGUGGCGCUCAAGGAGUCAUCAUCUAACACCUGGACGAUCAAAAGUGAGGCGCCGCUCAAGGGCCCCUUCUCUGUCCGCUUCCUUGUCAAGAAUGGCGGCUACCGCGUCGUCGAUGAUGUCAUCCCCGAAAGCUUCACUGCUGGCUCUGAAUAUAAGAGUGGCAUCCAACUCUAAGUAAGAGGCAUGCAUACUCUUGUGUUGGGUCACAUGAGAAUUAUGAACCUCUAAAUAAUUAUCUCUUAAAAGAGAUCACGCCAUGUUUGAGCGAGCGAAUAAUUAAUUUUCUGUGGCUACUUUUUUGUAAUAGGCUGGUGUUAAAAUAAGGCAUACAUGUGUACUCCAAAAUAUUGUUGUGGAGCUAUAUGCGAGCAUGGUUUUGAAUAUAUGUUAUUUAUAUAAGAUACUAGGUGA